CUGGGUGGCCAGCAGCGGUGAGGUACAGAAGGAGCAAGAUGAGAGGCAGGAUGGUGGCAGGGCUUCUCUCGGGAGCGGCUGUGUUCUUCCUGGUGCUGUUGCAGAGCACAGAGUCAGUCUACAUCCAGUACCAAGGCUUCCAGGUCCAGCUGGAAUCCGUGAAGAAACUGAGUGAUCUGGAGAGAAAGCUGGUGUUCAGCCCCCGCCUGCAGGCCCAGAGCGCCUUACCCAUCCUGUGCUAUCACCUGGCCCUGCCGCUGGACCUCCAGCCCAUCUGCACCUCCAGGGCCGCUGCCAGCAUCUUCAAGGCCUUGAAGACCAUCGCUGAGGACAACUGUGAGCUCUGUGAGAAUGCCGCCUGUACCGGCUGCUUCUGAGAUGGCCCCAGGUGCCUUGAGCCCACACUGGACUCCUGGCAUGCCCAGUCCACUGCCUUCGCAACCCCCACCCCCAUCCAAACUCUGGCUGUGCCCUGGUCAUUGCCAUGGUCAUUGCCAACCCCGCCCCCCGCCCCAGCUAGGGCCAAAGCAGCUGGAUCUGGUGCAAAGCAGUUGGAGGAGAGUUUGGCCCCUUAGGCAACCCUGCUGCUGAAUAAAUGUUCU